AGGAGUGGGUGGCUAACAAGGGAGUGGGCCCCUUCCCAGCCCCCUUCGCCGCGUCCUCACCCCACUUUCAGCCGCCAAAGAGGCGAGUGCCCAGGAUGGCCCUGGAUCAGGAGGGGCCCAGCGGCUGCCCCGCUAUCCCGGCUGUGGCGAGGUGCCCAGGGACCAGGCGGGCCGCGGAGCUGGGGGGCGGUCCAAGCCCGAGACACGCGGGGGCCGGACCCUUGGCCGCCCUCCCAGGGGGCGGCGCCGCCGCACGAAGCGCCGGGUCCCUCCCAGGCGGGAGCAGAACAGGCGGUGCCCGCGCGGCGCGGAGCCAUGGACGGCAGCGGGCCCUUCAGUUGUCCCAUCUGCCUGGAGCCGCUGCGGGAGCCCGUGACGCUGCCCUGCGGCCACAACUUCUGUCUCGCCUGCCUGGGCGCGCUCUGGCCUCAUCGCGGCGCGGGUGGCACCGGCGGGCCCGGAGGUGCGGCCCGCUGCCCGCUGUGCCAGGAGCCCUUCCCCGACGGCCUGCAGCUCCGCAAGAACCACACGCUGUCCGAGCUGCUGCAGCUCCGUCACGGCUCGGGCCCGGGGUCCCGCCCUGAGCCGACCCCGGGCCCCGAGUCGGCCGCGCCCAGCGCGCCCCCCAGCACCCCGGAGCCGUCGGCGCCCUGCGCUCCGGAGCCCUGGCCCGCAGGCGAGGAGCCGGUGCGCUGCGACGCGUGCCCCGAGGGCGCCGCCCUGCCCGCCGCGCUCUCCUGCCUCUCCUGCCUCGCCUCCUUCUGCCCCGCACACCUCAGCCCGCACGAGCGCAACCCCGCGCUGCGCGGGCACCGCCUGGUACCGCCGCUGCGCCGGCUGGAGGAGAGCCUGUGCCCGCGCCACCUGCGGCCGCUGGAGCGCUACUGCCGCGCCGAGCGGGUGUGCGUGUGCGAGGCCUGCGCCGCCCAGGACCACCGCGGCCACGAGCUCGUGCCGCUGGAGCAGGAGCGCGCGCUCCAGGAGGCUGAACAGUCCAAGGUCCUGAGUGCAGUGGAAGACCGCAUGGAUGAGCUAGGUGCAGGCAUUGCACAGUCCCGGCGCACAGUGGCCCUCAUCAAGAGCGCAGCGGUGGCAGAGCGAGAGCGGGUGAGCCGGCUGUUUGCAGAGGCUGCAGCCACCCUGCAAGGCUUCCAGACGGAGGUGCUGGGCUUCAUUGAGGAGGGGGAGGCCACCCUGCUGGGCCACUCCCAGGGUGACCUGAGGCGGCAGGAGGAACAGCGUAGCAGGCUUAAUCGUGCCCGCCACAACCUCAGCCAGGUCCCUGAGGCCGACUCCGUAAGCUUCCUGCAGGAGCUCCUGGCCCUCAGGCUGGCCCUGGAAGAAGGGUGUGGCCCUGGACCCAGUCCCCCAAGGGAGCUCAGCUUCACCAAGUCAUCCCAAGCUGUGCAGACUGUGAGAGACGUGCUGGCUGCAGCCUGCGCAAACCAGUGGGAGCAGCUGCAGGGACCUGGGAGUGCUGGAGAUGGGCUGCAGAAGCCGGGCUCAGAAGCAGAUGCUGAAUCCCAGGAUCCAGAUAGUACCAACCACCUGGAGAGUGAGGCUCCCCGGGAUUACUUCCUCAAGUUUGCCUACAUUGUGGACCUGGACAGUGACACAGCAGACAAGUUCCUGCAACUGUUUGGAACCAAAGGUGUCAAGAGGGUGCUGUGCCCCAUUAACUACCCAGAGUCACCCAUCCGAUUCACCCACUGUGAGCAGGUGCUGGGUGAGGGUGCUCUGGACCGGGGCACCUACUAUUGGGAGGUGGAGAUUAUCGAGGGCUGGGUCAGCGUGGGGGUCAUAGCUGAAGAUUUCUCCCCACAAUCGCCCUACGACUGGGGCCGUCUGGGUCGGAAUCCCCUCUCUUGCUGCCUGCAGUGGAAUGGACGCAGCUUCUCCAUCUGGUUCCACGGGCAGGAGAUGCCCCUGUCCCAUCCCUUCUCACCUACGGUCGGCAUCUGCCUGGAAUAUGCCGACCGAGCCCUGGCCUUCUACGCGGUGCGGGAUGGCAAGAUGAGCCUUCUGCGGAAGCUGAGGGCCUCCCGGGCCCGCAGGGGGGGCGCCCCAGCCUCACCCAUUGACCCCUUCCAAAGCCGCCUGGACAGCCAUUUUGGAGCACUCUUCACACGCAGGCUCAAGCCUGCCUUCUUCCUGGAGAGUGUGGACGCCCACCUGCAGAUUGGGCCCCUCAAGAAGUCCUGCAUAUCUGUGCUAAAGAGGAGGUGAUAUGAGUGCCCGAGGGGGCUUCUGCAGCUGUCCGCAUCCCCAGAAGCUUGUGUCUCUGUGUCCCAGAGAAGGCCAAGCCUUGGAGUCCGUGCACCCCCAGCUUUCCUGUUUCUAGAGGCCUCCACCUUCCAGACACUUGACCUUUCACCUUUCUGGAAGGAGGUUCUCCAGAUACCUCCCGGCACCCCUCAGACUCUGUCUCACUGGGUGGUUCCUGGGGUAGUGCCUGGUACACAGUAGGUGCUCAAUAAACAUUUAUUGAAUGAACAA